AUGGAGAGAACAAAGAACAGUGAGGAGCGAGGGUCGACUUUUUCUCCUGAAGAAAGAAAGAGCGACACAAUGUUAGAAGAGAAGGAUCCAGCAGAGACUCCCUUGCUAGGUUACACUUUAUCAGCGAAUAGUGAGAGGGACUCUUCAAAAUCUGAUCUGCUCUCAAUAUCUCCGAAUAAUAUAGAUUAUGGACUCUCUGAGAAUUGACAAAUAACAACCCUUGAGUAUAAUAAAAUGAAAAUGUGGGCGUUUUAUAUCAUAUUUGGGAUACUUACCGUAGGAAUAAUGCCAAUAUUAUCAAUCUGGAUAGUAGACCUCAAAGUUUUCAUGAUGUACACCAAAAUUAAUGGAAAUGUUGAAGAAGCCACCCAUCUUAAAAUAUAUGAAAAGUCCAAAGGUUCAGGAAUUGUGGAACUGAAAAAGAGUACUAAGAGAAGCACCCUCCCCCAUUCAGAUGGAAGGAUCCUUGAUAGAGUCGGAGAUGAAGAAUAUAUCAAGGAGAUCAAGUUCAGAUACAGAUAUCUUACCUACAACUAUUGUUAUGAAUCAGAGAAAUUUGAGACGGUUGCUUAUGAUUUCCACUACAACUAUAAUAAAAUUCACUCAAGAAGUUGAGGAUUAACAAAAGAUCAGCUAUGGGAGAGCCAAGACAAAUACGGAGACUGCACUAUGAAUAUCAUAAUUAGACCCUGGUACAGGAUAGUUUUCGAAGAUAUUCUCAACUUCUACUAUGGAAUACAGGUCUUUAGUGUCGUCAUUUGGUGCAUGAAUGGGUAUUAUAGGUCAGGAGUGGUAAUUGGUGCCAUGACAUUCGCAUCUAUUGUUGCAGAACUUUAUGAUGAAAUUAGGAGUCUUAAAAGACUCAAAGAAAUGGCUCACUAUGAGACCAGCAUUUAUGUCAAACGCAUAGGGUCUGAUGGGGUUUCAAUAUCAACUGAGAUUAAUAGCAAUGAAAUUGUCCCAGGUGAUAUUAUUCUUGUCCCAGAAGGCAAACAAAUCCCCUGUGAUGCUAUUCUCCUCGAAGGCGAAUGUGUUGUUAAUGAAGCCAUGCUUACUGGUGAAAGUCUCCCAGCCAUCAAGACAGCUCUUCCUAAAAGUGAUGAGCACACUGUAGAUGACUUUUCAAUAGAGAACACCAAACAAAAAAUGUAUUUCUUAUUUGCUGGGACUGAAAUUGUGCAGUCAAGAAUGAUGAAUUACCAGACUCCUCCUUAUGCAUUGGUGACAAGAACCAAUUUCUUGACGACAAAGGGGGCUUUGAUAAGAUCAAUAUUGUACUCUGCUGUUAAAAGAUUUGACUUCCAGUCUGAAGCGUGAUAUGUCCUUUUUGUGUCAUUCUUCCUUACAGCAGCUAUUAUGGGAACUGUACUUCCUAAAUUCAUCGACAACUUCAGCACAUAUGAUGUUGUGAUUAGAACAAUGAAUGCUUUAACUGUUGCUAUUCCAGCUAUGCUUCCAGUUUGCAUGAGUAUCGGAAUCCUCUUUUCAUACACAAGACUCUAUCUGAAUGAGAUAUACUGCUCUCAGCCAAGGAAGAUAGAAGCAGCUGGGAGAGUAAAGACCAUGAUUUUUGAUAAAACAGGAACAUUGACUCAUGAAGGCCUCACUGCUACAGGAAUAAAGGUUUCUAAUCAGAAAGAUUUUAACCCUACGAUUAGAAACAUUUCUCAAGAGAUAGCUACCUUUCAAAGUAAUCUAAAUAUUGAUAAGUAUGACUCUGAAGAAAUCUUUACUAAAUUUAUUGAAUGUAUGGCCUGCUGCCAUUGAUGAACCUAUAUCAAUGAAAAAUUAGUAGGAGAUCCCCUAGAGGUUGAAAUGUUCGAAAAGUCAAACUGGGUCAUGGACGAGAGUGAAGAACAAAAUAAUCAUAAAGGUGGUAGAUACCUUGCAACAUUUUACCCGCGAAAUGAAUCUAAUGUAAUCACAGACGACCCUGAACUCAACAGAGAGAUCCUCAAACUCAAUAUUUUGCUGAAGAACGAGUUCCAGUCUGAACUUCAAAGUAUGAGCGUCAUUGCCAAGAACAACAUUGAUGGAUCUUUGGUGUGAUUUAUGAAAGGAUCUCCAGAAAAGAUAUUUUCAAGGUGCGAUCAAUCUACACUCCCUAGUAAUUAUAUGACAGAGGUAGAUAAAAUAGCUGAAAAAGGACUUCGAGUGAUCUCGUUAGCAUACAGAACUAUUGAUCCACUGUUCUUCAACAUUGAACAUCCCCCAAAUAGAAAGGAACUUGAAAAGAAUAUGACAUUCCUUGGCUUUAUUAUAUUCGAGAACAAGCUUAAAGAAAACACAGCAGAAUGCAUUCGGGAACUCAACGAUGGAGAAAUAAAAUGAAUCAUUGCAACUGGAGAUAAUGGCAAAACAGCUAGUUCUGUGGCUAGGAACUGAGGCAUAGUUUCAGAAGACUCAUAUUUCAGAAUCCUCCUUGAUGAAUCUGACAAAAAUGCCAAAAAGCUGACAUGUGAGUUGGUAAAAGAGAAUAAUUCAUCCAAUCGGAAUAGAGGUUUUGUAGUAUUGGAUGAAGAAGAAAAUCAUUUAGGAGAUACUGACGAAGAGGCUGAAGAAAACCAGCCUUUUAUUCCUAAUGACCCUCAAGAGAGAAAUGCGAAUGGAGAUCCUUUUGAUUUAAUGAUGGAUCCAAACUCUUUAUUAAGUGUAUCUAUCAAUGGCAAAGCCUUUAACCACCUUCUUAAAAUGCCACGAGAAGAAAUGAUCAAUGACAAAUACAAUGCACAAGAAAUCCUCGAUAAAGUUGUUAAAGAUUGAAAAGUUUUCUCAAGAAUGUCACCCAAGCAGAAAGCGAAGUUGGUCAAGAAAAUGCAAGGAAAUGGACAAAUUGUAGGAAUGUGUGGAGAUGGAGCAAAUGACUGUACUGCUUUGAAAACUGCAGAUAUUGGGCUUUCGCUAUCACAAGCUGAAGCUUCGAUUGCAGCACCUUUCACUUCAAAAUCACAAGAUAUCUCAUCUGUUAUAAUACUGCUGAAUCAAGGAAGAGCAGCUUUAGAUCUCAGCACUACUCUGUUUAAAUUUGUAAUUCUUACCUCUUCAAUUCAGCUUUCGAGCAUGAUUAUUCUCUAUUACAGUACUUCAAAUCUCGAUGAUCUUCAGUACGGAUAUAUAGGACUAUGUCUGGUUUUUCCUAUUCUCUUGUGAAUUUGAUUAAUGAAACCUAGUGACAGACUCGUCUCAGAACUUCCCAUUCAGUCUUUUCUUCAUUGGUCUAUCAUCCUCAGCAUUAUCGGUCAAUCUCUUAUAAGCAUUGGUGUACAAAUUGGAGGAUACUUCGCAAUGAGAGGAGAAGACUAUUUCACAGUGGCUCCUGAAUCAGAUGAUUACACUACAGAUGGAUACGAAACCACAGCAGUAUUCUUGACAUCGACUCCCCAAUACCUCUUCAUUGGGAUUGUGUUCAACUUAUUCACUAAGUUCCGGAUGCCGCUCUACAAAAACUAUGUUUUUAUGCUAAUCCUUCUUGUUCAAGUUGGUAUAACGUACUGGAUAAUAAUUAGACCAGCCAAAUUUAUGAGAGACGAUCUUGAACUAAUGGAACUUGAUAGCGAAUUCAGAUGGUUCCUCUGCCUGAUCACUAUCUGCAAUGGUGCAGCCUGAGUCUUAAUGGAGCUUAUAAUCUAUCUGCUGUAUCAAUAUUUUAAAUAAUUGCUAAUAAAGGCAGGCAUUUAGAUGAGCUUUUACACAAUGGAGCAUUUUUGCGUUAUGAGUUUAAA